GCAACGGCGGCGGCGAUGUCGGUGCAGGUGGCGGUGGCCGCGCCCGCCGUGGAGCUGAAGGAGCUCGGCGGCCCCAUGGACAAGGCGGCGGGGCCGCCGUGCGAGCCCGUGGGCGCUCCCGGCGCGGGGCACGGCGUGGCCGCUGCCGCCUGCCCCGUGCCGGGCGCCGAGCGGGACGCGGCCCCGGCCCCCUCCGCCGAGCGGCCUCCGGGCAGCGGCUGCCCCGGGCUGUCCGCGGCCGCGGGGCUGUCCUCGGCCGCCGCCAAGGCGCCGCAGGCUUCGGCCAUGAAGAGGAGCGACCCGCACCACCCCCAGCACCGGCACCGCGACGGCGGCGGCGACAGCGGCGGCGCCGCGGCCGAGGCGCUCGUGAGCCCCGACGGCACCGUCACCGAGGCGCCGCGCACCGUCAAGAAGAUCCAGUUUGCCGACCAAAAGCAGGAGUUCAACAAGCGCCCGUCCAAGAUCGGCCGCCGCUCCCUGUCCCGCUCCAUCUCGCAGUCCUCCACGGACAGCUACAGCUCAGCUGCCUCCUACACAGACAGCUCCGACGAUGAGACCUCCCCCCGGGACAAGCAGCAGAAGAAUUCCAAAGGCAGCAGCGAUUUCUGUGUGAAGAACAUCAAACAGGCCGAGUUCGGGCGCCGGGAGAUCGAGAUCGCUGAGCAGGAAAUGCCCGCGCUGAUGGCUCUGAGGAAGAGAGCUCAGGGGGAGAAGCCACUGGCCGGGGCCAAGAUCGUGGGCUGCACGCACAUCACGGCCCAGACCGCGGUGCUGAUGGAGACUCUGGGAGCGUUGGGUGCCCAGUGCCGAUGGGCCGCCUGCAACAUCUACUCCACCCUCAACGAAGUGGCUGCUGCCCUCGCUGAGAGUGGGUUCCCCGUCUUCGCCUGGAAGGGAGAGUCUGAGGAUGAUUUCUGGUGGUGCAUCGACCGCUGUGUCAACGUGGAGGGCUGGCAGCCCAACAUGAUCCUGGAUGAUGGGGGAGAUCUCACUCACUGGAUCUACAAGAAAUAUCCCAACAUGUUUAAGAAGAUCAAGGGGAUAGUGGAGGAGAGUGUGACAGGAGUCCACAGGCUGUACCAGCUGUCCAAGGCAGGCAAGCUCUGUGUCCCAGCCAUGAACGUCAACGACUCGGUCACGAAGCAGAAGUUUGACAACCUGUACUGCUGCCGGGAGUCCAUCCUGGACGGCCUUAAGAGGACGACGGACAUGAUGUUUGGAGGGAAGCAGGUGGUGGUUUGUGGCUAUGGGGAGGUUGGGAAGGGCUGCUGUGCUGCUCUGAAGGCCAUGGGCUCCAUCGUGUACGUGACGGAGAUCGACCCCAUCUGUGCCCUCCAGGCCUGCAUGGACGGGUUCCGGCUGGUGAAGCUCAACGAGGUCAUCAGACAGGUCGACAUCGUCAUCACCUGCACGGGGAACAAGAACGUGGUGACCAGGGAGCACCUGGACAGGAUGAAGAACAGCUGCAUCGUGUGCAACAUGGGGCACUCCAACACCGAGAUCGACGUGGCCAGCCUGCGCACGCCCGAGCUCACCUGGGAGAGGGUCAGGUCCCAGGUGGACCAUGUCAUCUGGCCAGAUGGGAAGAGGAUAGUCCUGCUGGCAGAGGGCCGCCUGCUGAACCUGAGCUGCUCCACCGUCCCCACCUUCGUCCUGUCCAUCACGGCCACCACGCAGGCCUUGGCUCUGAUAGAGCUCUACAACGCUCCCGAGGGCCGCUACAAGCAGGACGUGUAUUUGCUGCCUAAAAAAAUGGACGAGUACGUGGCCAGCCUUCACCUGCCAACGUUCGACGCCCACCUGACGGAGCUGACGGACGAGCAGGCCAAGUACCUGGGGCUGAACAAGAACGGACCCUUCAAACCAAACUACUACAGAUAUUGAGUUCCUGCCGCUGGAUCCCCGGGAAUGGCGGGGAACAAGCCCCCAAGUCUCUUCUCAACUACUGUACAGGAUGACCCCGCGCAAGCUUCCCACGCUCGAGCCGGGCUUGCUCCGUAGUCACCGUGUGUUUUAGGUUAUUUAUUUAUUAAAUUAGGAUACUGUUCAUGCGGCCUCUGCCACUGGUGUUCGUGCUGCCGCGGGACUGGGACACGCUGGAUUUCUUCUCCGUUCCUUUCGUUUUCCUCUUUGGAUUCGUUCUUUCUCGGGGCUGGGGAGGAUGAGGAAGGAGCUGGUGGGAUCGAGCCGUGGGACGGUCCCUUGUCGCCGAUGGAGCCACGGGGUCCGACUCGGAAGUCAACGUUGGUCCCAGCGCUUCUUCCAGCGGCGCGGGAUCCCGGGAUGGGUUUGCAUUUCUCCUGCUGUUUGAUGACGAAGCCAAAAACCUCGUUCUCUCCGGGCUCCGGCGAGCGGCCGGAUGCUGCCGCCCGCCCGGAGCCGCCCCCGUGGAUCCCUCUGGAGAAGCCUCUCGUCCGUGCUGUGGAACUUUCCGGGGGGCUGGUGCCACCAACCCUGCGGAGAACGUCGCCUUAGCGCUGCUGGAAGCUGUGGGGAAGGGUCCGGGCAGGGAGAGCCCCACGGCAGGAGGAGCCGGGCGGGCAGAGCCCAGCGCCGCUCCCGCCGCUCCCGCAGCUCCGCAGCGUUUUCCUGCUGCUCUCGUUCCCAGUGCCAACCUCUCUGGAUCAACCAAAGCCGUGUUCCCAGGGGGGCCGGGGCAGCUCCCGCUGUGCUGCUGGAAGAGCUCCCCUGGCAGAUGCUGCUCAUGCACCGGGAGCUCUUCCCGAGCCGGGCAGAGCUCCCCGGACAUCCCGGCUGGGGGGGACCCGUGUCCACGCCAGGGCUUUCUCCAGCUGCGUUUCAGUCCUCGUUGGAAGUGUUUGGAAUUUUUCUUUUCUGGGUUGAUUAUUUCAUUACUUUAUUUAUGGAUCUGGGAACCUCCCCCCUGGAGUGGAUGAGACGUCUGGUGGAGGAUCCUCCACACGGAUUCAGUGUCACUGAAACCCUUCAGUCGCCUCAGAUCUUGAAGCAUCAGAGCUGAGGGAGAAUAAAUUGGCCAUAGUUCCUUGCUUUAUCCCAGGAUGUCCCUCUGGAGUGCUGACACGCUUCCCAAGGUGACUUCCCAAGUCGCCUUCAUUAUCCGUGUGGAGAACAUGAUCCGUCUAAAAUAAAACUGCCCGACCCCGUGAGCACAAACCCCUUUAUCCCCUGGCUGCUGCUUUGGUUCCCGAGUCUCUCAUCAGCUACAGAGUCGUGUUUUGUCCUCCUGGGCUUCUUUGCCAUCAUGAAAAACCCCUUUUGUGGCAGCUCAUUCACGCACAAGGAAGGAAAAACUGUGGAAUUACGGUCCCGGCAUCCAAGUCCUUCUCGUGGUUCUCGGGUCGUGAGCUUUGGAGCAAACGUUCCCUGUGUCAGCAUAUUCCAAGUUUGUCUCUGAAUUCUCUCAAAACCUGGAAGGAGAACCUUUGGAGACCUUGGGAGACCUUGAGGAGACCUUGGGAAGACCUCUGGAAGACCUUGGGAGGACCCUCCGGAGACCUUGGGAAGAUGUUCAGGCUUUGAGGGCUUUGAGAAGGCUCUGAGGAGACCUUAAGGCUUUGAGGAGCUUCGUCACAGACUGACCUCGAACCACAGACUUGAAGUCAUCUCUGCCCACGAGUUUUAUCCAGAUCCUGAGAUUUUUUUGGGGGGAAGAGUCCCCUGAGCCGUUGGAAAGGUCCCGCCCGGGUCUCUCCCCGCGCCGGAUCCACCCCGGUCUGUGUCAGCCCCGAGUUCCCGGAGAGGCCCCGCCUGGAAUCUGCUCCUGGACAAGGGGACAGGCGGUUGUGGGGCCACGUGGGAGCAGCUCCUGGAAGAGCAGGUGUCCCACCCACCCCGGGAAAACCCCUCUCCACCCCCAGGACCCUCCGGAGCAGCUCCCGCCGCCGCUUCCCACCCCACAUCCGUCAUCUGUGCCACAGCCAGUGGUGCUGCUGAUCCACGGAUCCCUCCGUGCCCGUUUCAUCUUCCAGGUAGAUAAGAAGGGGAAAAAAAAAAAAUGAAAAUAUCAGUAAUAAAAUCCCACCUGGCCUUUCCCACCUCGAUUCUCCAAACUCUUCUCCGUGUUCUGCUGCUCCUGUAAAGCUUCUUGGCUCGCUUGGCUUUUUCCUAAUCAACCUGGAAUCAUAUCCUGUGAUCAUCUCUAAAUUAAAUGUUAAUGGGGUUUGGUUUCUUUUAUCUUAUUUUGUUUGUUUGUUUUUUAAAAUGUAACGCGUUUUUUUUUUUUUUCCAAGACUUUAGGGAAAAAAAAAAAAAAAAAGGAGAUUUUUAGGUAACACCAGCAAAAUAAGGAAUGAAAUAAAGGAAAUUUAAUUCUGUCCUGAACUUUUAGGAAUAACAAAGCAAAACCCGUCGUCAGCAGGGAGGGAACGGAACCGUCGCACCCGUAACAUUUCAAAAGGAUGUUUUAAAUAUUAAUGUCUGAGUGAUUGUAUUAGAUCAGCAAUAAAGACUCUGUAAUCUCAAAACACAAAUAAAACAUGGGAAAACUCG